AUGGCGACCAACAUCACAUGGCACCCUUCCCUCUCGCGGCGCGAGCGCAAUGAGUUCCGCAAGCAGCGCGGCAUGACCAUCUGGUUCACCGGCCUGAGCGCCUCGGGCAAGUCGACCGUCGCCACGGCCCUCGAGCAGCACCUCCUGCACCUGGGCCUGUCGACGUACCGCCUGGACGGCGACAACGUGCGCUUCGGCCUCAACAAGGACCUGGGCUUCAGCGAAAAGGACCGCAACGAGAACAUUCGCCGCAUCGCCGAGGUGGCCAAGCUGUUUGCCGACGCCAGCACCAUUGCCCUGACCUCGUUCAUCUCCCCCUACAAGGCCGACCGCCAGGUCGCCCGCGAGCUGCACGCCGCCCCCGGCCCCGCCGGCGCCGACGACGAGCCCCUCCCCUUUAUCGAGGUCUACGUCGACGUCCCCGUCUCCGUCGCCGAGCAGCGCGACCCCAAGGGUCUCUACAAGAAGGCCCGCGCUGGUGAGAUCAAGGAGUUCACCGGCAUCAGCGCCCCCUACGAGGCCCCCGAGGCCCCCGAGAUUGUCAUCAAGACCCACGAGAAGAGCGUCGAGGAGUGCGUGCAGCAGAUUGUUGAGUGGUUGAACGAGAAGGGCUACAUCAAGACCCAGUAA